GACGUACGAUUGUGUUUACGUCGUCAAUCAAAUAUGUAAUACAGAGUGCGAAUGCCUUUAUUAAACCCCGCUGUGUUGCUUUAUAAUUAUUUAUUUUGAGCUAUAAUGGGGAAUGAGCAGAGUUACAUUGUUGCCUCGCUCUCUUUAUGUUCCGUGUAUUUAGUUUAUGUUCACAUUUACCGCUCUUGGAAGUUGUUGAAAACGAAUGUACUCUACGACGAGAACGUGCCAAGUUUGGCGUAUGUUUACAUCAAAUAUGUGACCAAAGCUCUGACUCGGAGGACAGGCUGCUUGUACACAGCAACUACAAAGGAGCAUGAAGUUGUUUACACGGUCCUUAACUGCAGGCUGGAGACUACCAUGUUGAGGAGGUUCUGCAGUGCUGCAGGAUAUGGUUGGGAUUAUCCAGACACCGAAUAUAGAGACAUCCCACUGUGCUUCCCUGAGAUUCUCUGCCGCAGACUGCUGCUUAUGGCGCUAACUGAUGGAAACUUCCGGCUCAGUCCAGCAGGUCUGGUUCGUGUGCGUCAGAGUUUGAAAACCCUUCAGCCAGUCGAUGAACUAAAGAAGGGUCCGUUCACGCUGCAGGUUCGAGUCCUGGAGUACCGGCAAAUUGACGCAGGUGUGGAGGUCGACGUCUGUCUGUCUGCCACGUCUCGUACCGGAAGCCCCGUGUGGGAGAGCGUCCUGACACUGCUGUCCAAAAACAAGCUCCAAAACGUCGGCAGAUGCAAGAAUGAACGUGGGCGACAACCUGGUGAUUUCUGCUUAGGCCAACCGGAUGAGCCUGUGCCAGAAAAUGUGAAGCAGAUAGAGCUCCGAGUUCCCAGGACUACCGGCCUGCAGUGUGUAUGGUCCUUCUCAGACUACUCCCCCUACUGGCUCCUCUCUCUACCGGCCCGGCUCUUUGGCUACAGGUCGCACACCGCACCCAGUCUCUGGAUGCUCUCCGUCUGCUUGGCUGAAAUAGAAAAGCAUAAAGGGGUUGGAGUCAUCACAGCUCCCAUCAACAUCACUGCCCAGUUUGAGGAGCCUCUGUUGGUACCAGGCAGAGUGGCGAUCAAGUUUUGGGAAAAGACCAAAAACAGGAGUCAGUCUCCUGCCCAAGGCCUCAGUUUUCACGUGCAGCAACAUGGAAGUGACAUAUCUCACAUGAUGGGAUUGAUUUCUAGGUGAUUGAUUAACAUAGAAGGUUAAUUAAUAUUUGUAGUUUUGUCAAAACGCCGAUAUUUUCUGUUUCCGGUUUUGUUCUGCAAUCAGUCAAUCGAUUUGGAUAAGACCAUGUUUAAUCAAUGAAAUGCAACAAGGAUACGGACAAUCAGCUAAUCGACUUUCAAGUUUGUUCUGAUAUGAUCAUAAAAUAAGGUGUACUUGGUGCAAAUUUGAAAUAAAUGUUUUCUAAGAGGA